CGCGGACAAGGCCACCCAUCAAACGAAUCGGAGAAAUCUCCCGCGAGCUAGCUUGUGGUCGACGUGCCUCCUCCCGUCGUCUCCCCGGCCCUAGCGAAUACUCCCCGGAGAUUACGUCUUUCUCCUCGCAACUAACACAAACCUAGCUAGCUUUGUCACUCACCCACCGCACCAACUGGGCAAGCUCGCUCGCUCUCGAGUCUCGACUGAUGCCGCGGCUAGCCCUGCGCCGCGCGUAACCUAACGUCUCGUUUACUUGCGUUGCACUGCUUCUUGAAGCUGGGCGGUGGUGACACAAGUGGGCCGAGAUGCUCGCCGUUUCACCGGCGAUGUGCCCCGACGUCGACGAGCGCGCUGGACUGGCCGGCGCCGAAGUCGUCGCUGCUGGCAUGGAGGUCGUCGGGAGUGUCGGCAUGCCGUCGGACAUGGAGUUCGACUUCUCCGUCGAUGACAUAGACUUCGGGGACUUCUUCCUCAGGCUGGAGGACGGCGACGUGCUUCCGGACCUCGAGGUCGACCCGGCCGAGAUCUUCACCGACUUCGAGGCGGCCGCUGCGAGCGGCGGCGAGGGGGACGGGGUGCAGGACCAGAAGGUUCCCACCGUCGAGCUUCUGGCCACGCAGGAUGUGCUGGAUCCGUGCGGGGAUGUCGCCGUCGAGGAGAACGCGGCGAUUUCCGAGGCCGGACCAGGACAUGAGAAGGCAGGGUGCAACCAAGAUGACGACGCAGCGGAGGUGAAUGCCGACGUCGGCGGCGACGCAGCCGCGGUGGCAGAGGCCAAGGCGUCGUCACCGUCGUCGACGACGUCGUCGUCGCAGGAAGCUGAGAGCCGGCACAAGUCGUCGAGCAAGAGCUCCCAGGGGAAGAAGAAAGCGAAGGUGGACUGGACGCCGGAGCUUCACCGGAGGUUCGUGCAGGCGGUGGAGCAGCUCGGCAUCGACAAGGCCGUGCCGUCGAGGAUACUUGAGAUCAUGGGUAUCGAUUCGCUCACCCGGCACAACAUAGCCAGCCAUCUCCAGAAAUACCGGUCACAUAGAAAACACAUGCUUGUGAGAGAGGCGGAGGCGGCGAGUUGGACCCAACGGAGACAGAUUUACGCUGCGGGCGGAGGUACAGUUGCCAAGAGGCCGGAAUCCAAUGUAUGGGCUGUUCCUACCAUCGGCUUCCCUCCGGCGCCGCCACCACCUCCACCACCGCCACCCAUGCAACACUUCAGCCGACCAUUGCAUGUCUGGGGCCACCCAACGAUAGACUCGCCUCGGGUUCCAAUGUGGCCACCAAGGCCGCAUCUCGUCCCACGUGGUCCGGCACCGCCAUGGGUUCCUCCUCCGCCUCCGCAGUCGGACCCUGCUUUCUGGCACCAUGCUUACAUGAGGGGGCCAGCACAUAUGCCGACUCAAGGGACACCUUGCAUGGCGAUGCCAAUGACAGCUGCGAGAUUUCCUGCUGCACCGGUGCCAGGAGUUGUCCCGUGUCCAAUGUAUAGGCCACUGACUCCACAACCGCUGGCAAGCAAGACCCAGCAAGAUGCUCAGCUUCAACUACAGGCACAACCAUCAAGCGAGAGCAUAGACGCGGCAAUUGGCGAUGUUUUGUCGAAGCCGUGGCUGCCUCUGCCUCUUGGACUGAAGCCGCCAUCACUGGACAGUGUGAUGGGCGAGCUGCAGAGGCAGGGGGUUGCAAACGUUCCUCCAGCGUGUGGAUGAUGAAUGCUUGCUUGCAAGGUCGAUGGGCUCGAUCCGUUCCUGACUCGAUCGAUCGCUGCUUGUCAGCUGGUCAGUGCACCGGCCGAAAAAGAAGAAAAAGAGAAAUUCGCCGACAUGUCCUUUUCUUUUCUUUCUCCGUUUGGAGACCUCGCUGUUCUUGGACCUCUCGAUUACUUUUUAGCUUGUGCAGAUCUUGAAAGACAUCUUUGUUUUGACUUCGGGAGCAAUUAACCAGAGUAUGUACAUGUAAAUGUAAAAUGUAUUGGCUGUCAGUUCUCAGCUACGAAUAAAUUUAAUAACGGUUGUUCCGAAUAGGGCUUAUUUUAUUUUUGUACGUUGAUUCGCUGUUGGUUCAAACACUCCAGAAAUCUACCU